AUGGGAGAUGGUUUUGGUGCAUGGUUUGAGUCGCUUUUACGCAGUGUUGAUGAGAAUCAUUUUACUGCUAUGGUGGCUAUCAUGUACCAUAUUUGGUUGCAACGUAAUUCAGCGGUAUGGGAUUAUAAGGUGGGACUCCCCUGGCAUGUGCAUGCGACAGCCGUGGCAUCGUUCGAUGCGUGGCGUAAGGCAGUGGGAACAGAACCUCGGCAGCAUGAGGCGUCCGCGCCAACAGUGGCAGUUGGUCAGUCCACAGGCCAGCUGUUCUGCUACUUUGACGCUGCCUAUGUUGCGCCGGAUGGUGAGGGUGCGUAUGGCCUUGUUCUCCAACAUGCGGGUGGCGAGUUUUUUGCGGCAAAGAAUGGACUACUACCACCAUGUCACGGACCUUUUAUGGCGGAGUCUUAUGCGUGCAAGGAAUCCCUAUCUUGGCUACGGGAACGUGGAGUUAUGGAGGUUGUGCUUCGGACGGAUUGUUUGAACCUACGUCACACCCUUUCUUCUUCAGCAGCGGAGUUUCACUCUUAUGAUGGUGUAGCUGUUUCAGCAUGUCGGGAUUUAAUGAGUCUUUUACAUUCUUGUUCUAUUAUUUGCAUUCCUCGUUCGUCUAAUGUUUUAGCACAUUCGUUAGCUCAGGCAGCCUUAUCUCAGGCAAACUCCAUGGCGUGGGAGGAUGUUCCUCCUGCGUUUAUUUCGACUUUGGUUGAUUAA